CGUUUUGGUCAAUGCAGAUGUCAACAUCCCACAAAAUAUUUUGCAAAAGUAAUAAAAAGUUUGGAAGUUAUGAUGCAAUGGGGAACCAAGAAAUUACCCUCUUCGCAUACUUCCAAAAUCCCUAAUAAAAUCUUCCCCUCCCUUCACCUAUUUAUAAUCAAACCAUCUCUUCUCUUCUCCCCUCAUUACUACUUCUCUCUCUUUCUCUGUCUUAAACUCCCUUCCUUCUGUCGUUUUGUAUCCUUCCAGGUUCCAACUCUUUCUUUCUCAUUUUCUCCUCUUGAAGCUUCUCGGCUCGCACAAGAAACUUGUACCAUUAAAUCAUUACUUAAAGUUCAGUUGAGACCAAUGUGGAAGAGAAAUAUUGCGAAGUUGAAUCAAGCUAUGGGAUUUCAGAGAUCAUCUACCAAUAAACAAAAAUUGCAGCCGGUUAUCUCCAUAAUUGCAACAAAAGCAUCGAGUUUAAGCCAACCCAAAGACCCAAAUUACAACUCAUGGCUGGUGGAACACCCUUGUGCAUUGGAUUCAUUUGAUCAGAUGAUGAAAGCAGCAAAAGGGAAGAAGAUUGUCGUGUUUUUAGAUUACGAUGGUACUCUUUCGCCCAUUGUAGAUAAUCCUGAUCUUGCAUUCAUGUCUGAUGAGAUGCGUGCAGCAGUACGAGAAGUUGCCAAAUAUUUUCCAACAGCAAUAAUUAGUGGUAGGAGCAGAGACAAGGUAAAAGAAUUUGUACAGUUAAGUAAUGUAUACUACGCAGGCAGCCAUGGUAUGGACAUUAUGGCACCACCAAGACCAGUAAUCAAGUCUUGCGAUGGCAAAUACAAUACAAUAACCCUCGACAAAAAGAGAAAUGAGGUCCUCUUUCAACCUGCUAAGGAAUUUUUACCUGCAAUUCAGAAGAUAUUGACAACGUUGAAAGAGAAAGUGAUGAAAAUACAAGGUGCCAGUGUCGAGGACAAUAAGUUUUGCAUCUCUGUACAUUUCCGACAAGUUGGAGAAGAGGAUUGUGGAAUUUUAGAAGAGAAGGUGAAAUCUGUGCUUGAACAUUACCCGGAAUUUCACUUUACUUGGGGUAAAAAGGUUAUGGAAAUACGACCCUCAAUAGAAUGGGACAAAGGCCAUGCUGUGGAAUAUUUCCUAGACACUCUAGGGCUAAGCAACUCCAAUGAUGUUCUUCCAGUGUACAUAGGAGAUGAUCGAACUGACGAAGAUGCUUUUAUGGUAAUAAAAAGAAGGGGAGAAGGGUACCCUAUAAUUGUAAGUUCGAGUCCAAAGGAUACUAAAGCUUCAUUUUCUCUCCAUGAUCCAUCGGAGGUUUUAGCUUUCUUGUUACGUCUAGCUCGGUGGAGGAAGUCUUCUAGCUCAAGUAGGUCAUUUGCUCAAAUCUGGGGUGUAACUGAUUGAAACCAACUCUUGAUUUUGCGUAUAUAUAUUUAAGGAAGAGAGAGGGAGUAUGUAAGUUUUAGUUGUUCUGCAAAUCAUGCUUCCUUCUUCUAAAUUAGCAAUUAAUGUAAAUGAAUCUCUAUUGGAAAUUUUAAAAAUAAAAAAACUUCUUUCCUCUUGACUUGGGCUCGAUGGGCCUUCAUCAUGGGCUGA